UUCGAGAAGUUGAGCCUCACGUCAUUGAACCGUCUUUUGGUGUUGGUCGAAUUAUUUACUCAUUAUUAGAACAUAAUUUUCAUGUGCGGGAGGAAGAUGUACAAAGAACGGUAAGCUUGCAUGAAUAUGUUAGAAUGACCUUUGUUGUAGCAUAUGAUCAGUUGGCAAUUCUAGUAGACUAAUUCAAAAACCGUGCAUCUAGAACAAAACAUACUCCGAAUAGUAUACAGUAUUUUGUAAACUCAAAACAUUCAUCAGAACACCCACCUACUUGUACUCGUUCCUAUGCAUCAGAAGAACAAAAUCGCACUACAAAUCGCAGCAAAAAGUGAAAGUGUAAACAGGCCUAGUAAGUAUAAGUAAAGGAUUCUAAUCCUUACUUGCAGCUGAGAGCGAAGCUGAAUUACGAGGGACGCAGCUCAACCUGAUCGAGUCGAAGGCUUUCUAAGUACUCGGCGACAACCCACGACUUAAAGUACUCACACUUUUCACACGAAUGUUUUGAGAGAUCGAACCUAGGGUCUCAUAAGUGAAAGGCGCCAGCUGCGUCACUGAAUUCCCAUAUGGAAAUUCCUCCAUAAAUCUUUAGUUUACAAUAUUUUACUGUUCCGAGUAUAUAUUUCUUACAUGCUUAUCUUAUGUUAAGUUAUUUUACUGUUUAAAUUGAAUACUCUCAUCAGGUAGUUGUAGUAUCGAAUAAACCUGUUGAGUUUGUCCGGCUGAAUAAUCAACAUAUGACCAGUUUGUGCAGUUCUUCGUCUACUGAACUGACGUUAUUAAUGUGAUGUACUACAUUUACAAGCUGCAGUUUCCACACACUGUUUUCAUCAAAUUAUUUUUUGGCUAACAGGACUGUGUGUUUUCUUUUUAGUGGCUUUCAUUGCCUGCAUUGGUCGCUCCAGUCAAGUGCUCAGUUCUACCACUGAGUAAAAACAAAGAAUUUGAGCCUUUUGUCAAAACGUUAUGUGAGUAGAAUCAUCUCGUUUCAACAAUUUUACAUUGACGUAUAUCCCUACAAUCAGAAAGACUGGUUUGGAUAAAACACCCAAAAUCUGGGAUAGAUCAGACAGUUUCUUCACAUUAGGUCAACAACUUCGAGACCGAAUGGAUACGAGGCUUUAAACUCGAGUCAAAUACGUUUGUAUUCAUGAAAAGGGCACCCUUUGACUUCCUAUAGGGGGAUUCAAGGUUUCCGACGCCAUCUUGAAUCUAUUGUUUUCACCAUUGUGUUUGCACCCGUUGUAAAUUUACCUCUAGGGAAUUCCAUUGUGUGUUUGCAUCCCCUGCAAAUUUACCUAUAGGGAAUUCCAUUGUGUGUUUGCACCCGCUGCAAAUUUACCUCUAGGGAAUUCCAUUGUGUGUUUGCACCCGCUGCAAAUUUACCUCUAGGGAAUUCCAUUGUGUGUUUGCAUCCCCUGCAAAUUUACCUCUAGGGAAUUCCAUUGUGUGUUUGCACCCGCUGCAAAUUUACCUCUAGGGAAUUCCAUUGUGUGUUUGCACCCGCUGCAAAUUUACCUAUAGGGAAUUCCAUUGUGUGUUGCAUCCCCUGUAAAUUUACCCAUAGGGAAUUCCAUUGUGUGUUUGCACCCGCUGCAAAUUUACCUCUAGGGAAUUCCAUUGUGUGUUUGCACCCCCUGCAAAUUUACCCAUAGGGAAUUCCAUUGUGUGUUGCAUCCCCUGUAAAUUUACCUAUAGGGAAUUCCAUUGUGUGUUUGCAUCCCCUGUAAAUUUACCCAUAGGGAAUUCCAUUGUGUGUUGCAUCCCCUGUAAAUUUACCCAUAGGGAAUUCCAUUGUGUGUUUGCACCCCCUGCAAAUUUACCCAUAGGGAAUUCCAUUGUGUGUUUGCAUCCCCUGUAAAUUUACCUAUAGGGAAUUCCAUUGUGUGUUUGCAUCCCCUGUAAAUUUACCUAUAGGGAAUUCCAUUGUGUGUUUGCACCCCCUGCACUAUUGUGUUUCAUUAUGGCGUCGGAAACCUUGAAUCCCUAAUUAACACAACUGCAUGCAUGGUUCGACCUGAGUAACCAAUCUUUUUUCGCUUUUAGCGAGUGGCUUGAACGAGUACGACAUCAGUCACAGAGUUGAUGAUUCUGCAGGUUCUAUUGGUCGACGAUACGCACGAACAGACGAGAUUGGUAUUCCAUUUGGUGUCACCAUAGAUUUCGAUACUGUGAAUAAACAACCUUCUACCGUCACCUUACGUGAACGAAAUUCAAUGAAACAAAUUAGAAUACCGGUAAGAUAACUUAGUGUGUCGCUCUGUGCCAGUGUAGGCGAUAACUAACCGACUUUUGAAACUUGAAAAAGAAAAUCUCACUAGGAAUCGCCGCAAAAAUUGCAAGUGUACACGCGCCUUUAUAAUUUUAUUACAUAGUAGAGUGAGAUACUGAAAAAUACACAGUGAGAUAUUUUCUAUAUAUAUCGAUCACGUGAUUUUUAGUAUUUAUACAAUUUUUUGCUUGGGACUAUAUAAUAAAUAGAACAUUACACGGUGGCUUGAAGAUAUGACUUUUAUCUUCUCAUGUUAAAAGAUAAAAGUCAUAUCUUCGUGCCGCCGUGUAAUAUCCUCUAUAUAUCUGUCGCAGAUACAUGUACGCUUAGUGUACCUAUUUUUUAAGGAGCACACAUUCUUUUUUUAUAUUAUUUUCAACGAGCAUACCCUUCACACCACGACAUAUUCCUGCCAAGAGAAAUCGAUGAUACUUAAAUGAUUUGAUAUCAUGCAUACAUUACUUUGUUUUGUGUCUUAGAUUGAUGUUUUGCCAAAGUCGGUCAGCGAUCUCGUUCAUGGCAGAAGAACAUGGGAGAAUAUGGUCGGGGAAUAUGGCUACUUUCUAGGCCAGGAAUCAACCAAAUAA